AUGAAAAAAGCAAAGCAGAGCUGUGACCCUAAGACCAGAGGCCUUGUCCCUGCACAGGGUCCCAGAUCCCGCCCCAGGGAUGGUGACAAUGACCUUCAGGAUGGAGCCGCCACCUCACCUGGCCCUCACCUCCCAGGCCUUUUCCCAGGACCUGCGGGGCAGCUUCUGCGUCUCCCCACUUGGGCAGCCCCGCCCGGCCCAGGAAUUCACCUGGCACCUAAGUUGCUGGCGGCUGCAGCACCUCCAGACUCUCAGGUGUUCCCUCUGCAGCCGAAGCGCUGCCCGCGACCAACGCUGCCGGGACCGGAGAGGGUCACUGCGGCACUGACACGCCAGGGCCACCCGACGGACGCGCAGGGACGCGAAGACCCCGGGGGCGCGCUGCGGCCGCGGUGAGCAGAAAAUCUAUUUCAUGAACUUCAAGAACAUUUUCAAGUUCUGACGGCAACAUUACACCUCAGAAUGGAAGAAACGGGAAACCGCCUCCAGGACUUGCAGCGGAAUGUGAGUGGCUCAAUGGUGCAAGCCAGGAUCAGAGGCGCUGCGAGAGAACACAUGGUGAGGCCACCACUAGGAAACUAAGUUCACCUGUGCAGAGUUUGUUCCUGCUCCCAUCCCGGGAAAUACGGUCCCCUAUUUGCUCACCGUGGGGACUGCACCUCUGUACUACCUGAGAAACCUUCAGGAAGUACACACCUUUCACAAAUGCUCCUUUCUAAAUAGACCAACUGAGACAGUCACAAUUCCUUUAAAAGUGCACAUUUUAAAUGAAAAACUUUAUUAUUUAAAAUUUGGAUUUUAAAGCUUAAAAAAAUUGGAUUUUACUCAAGAACUUUUUACUCCCACCCCUCAAAUUAAUUUUUAGUCAAAAUACAAAUCACAAUGAUUUAGACAUUGGGCACUAUAAUGAGCAGUUUCUGUUUGAGACAAUAUAUUCAUGGAAUUAUUUAAAGAAGAAAUGUUGCAUUAAGCUCUCAACCUACUUCCAGAGUCUGGAGGCCCCAGCUGGUACCACUAUGCAAACAUUUCUUUCCCAGUGUAAUUCUGCACUGAGUCUUCAGAUGCAAAUAAAUGCUGAGCUUCGGGUCUCAGACUGAAUUUACAUCCACAUGACGUAUGUGGAGAUGCACAACUUUGUUAAGACACGUAUGCAUGUUUUACUGACAUGCUAUUUUGAUUAUGGGCAUAUUUUAAUAAUUAGAUGCCUUUGUUUCCUUGCUUUCCCAUUUCUUUGACAAUGUUCAUAUUUAUCUUGCUAAAGCAGAGCUAGUUCACUAUCUGACUUACAAGUGUCUACAUCUGGUUUUUGGGUAGAAGAGAUAGCUGUGCCGUGUCCUGCCAUGCACGAGCACUCUGAAACUGCCUGUAGGGUUAAAACACCUUUCCCUACUGAGGUUGCAUCAGACAGGGCCUCCUGCCCAGCAGUCCUGUCUCGGCCUACUGGACG